AUGACUAAGUAUAGAUGGGCCGGACCGGGUUAUACUGGACCAGAACUGCAAAGAAGUCACUACAUCGUAGAUGAAUCAUUCGACAGCAAAUUUGAGAGAAUUCAUGAGUUCUUGGAAGAGAACAUUAAGAAAGUUCGAACGAAAAUAGAGAAAACAGGAUUAUCUCAAAUUGAUGAGGAUGAGUUUGCUGGUGUUUUGGGAUCUGUCAACUGUUUUCCCUAUUUUAAASUGGAUUCAUCGUUACUGAUUUCCUUUAAGAAUACUCUCAAACAGCAUUUGGCAGCUUCAGUUGGAAACACUUUUAGUGCUCCAGAAUUUAUGUGGCAGAGCUUACUUGGUGCUACUUUAAGGUCAUGUCACAAAUUCUGUUCUAGUGGAAGACUCAUUCACAGCGAUCUAGAAGAAGCUUUGUCACUUGCUAAAUGUUACAAGUCAUGUGUACAAGUUCUGUCUCCUGUGGCUGACUACUUGGAUUUUGUGUAUAGGCCUUUGUUAGAUAACAGUGAUAGCUCUAAGGUAUGUUCAGAAGAACUUCAAGCAAAUAAUGCUGAAGUUGCAUUUGACAUAUUUUCUGAAAAUUUACGUCACUCGAACAAAGAGAUCCGUCUUAUGACUUUAAGGAUUGUAUGCCAUUUUGAAACUUUGUCUCCUAAUCCUUGUUCUGAAGAGCAUCCUCCAAAGAAGAAACAGAAAACACAAGUGAUUCAAAAGUCUUUCCCUGAAAGAAAUGUUCUUGAGUUGUUGCACACAGUUGAAAAGUCCCCUAUUACAGUAUCCACUGAAACAGAGUUGGUCAGUUUGAUUACUAGAAUACAAAUGGAUCUCUCUGCUUGCAGGGUACAUGAGGCAUACGUGCCUCUUGUAUUCAACGGAAUGAUAGGAAUAUUUCAUAACCGAUAUUCCAAAAUAUGCGACCGAGCAUCUGAGUGCCUAGCCGUUCUUAUGAAUAAGGACACUGGAGCCGUGUGGAGUGGUUUUGUUCGUUAUUUGGGCCAUUGCCAAGUAAAGCUUGAAGCACAACACAAUCUUAGUGAGAGUGAAAUCUAUAGCAUCUCAGAGAAGUCUACUGGUAGAUCUGAUAACACACCUACUACAACAGUAGUAUCUCUGAUGCUCCAGACCUUACAAAAACUUCCCACUGUUGUUCAGUCUCGAGUUUCCGAGAUUCUUCCUUUGUUUCAGGCAUUUCUUGGAUACAAUAGCGAAAAUCCCCUGAGGGUUGGAUUAUUUAAUGGCGGAGCUUGUAAAGGAGAAGAGUGGAAGAAGUUACUUAUACUAUGGUUGAAUUUGCUGAAGUUGAUGAAGAAUCUGAGAUCGUCUGGUCUUAGUCUAUUUGUCAAUGAUGUUCUGCGGAAUAGGUUUCUUGACGAUAAUGAUGCGGAAAUACAAACGAAUGUCCUACAAUGCCUUCUGUUGUGGAAUGACUACUUACUCCCACACCGCUCGCAUUUAGAGAAUUUGAUCAAACCCAAAGAAUUGAGAGAAGAGCUCACGACAUGGAACUUGUCGAAAGACAUUGAAGAAGCUCAAAGACCUCAGAUUGCUUCUCUUGUAAUACGCAUUAUGAUGCCAAAGUUUAGGAAUUUAAAGAUUCCGCUUCGCGUAAGGUACAUAAUACCAUACUUCUUUUUCAGUUUACUUCACCGUGCCAAUGCGCAUACAAGUAUUCGUCACCGGAAGGCGGUUCUUUGCUUUAUAUCUCAGCUUGAUAGGAAGCAAUGGACUUGUUCUGUUGUAGCUCAGGAAAAACCUCGAUCUCUGGAUUGUUUCCAAAUGUCGAAUCUCCUGAAAUACUUCACCGUUGAUACUAUUUCGACGUUAUCCAGGAAGCAGAAAUGCCGGUUUCUUCAUGUCAUCCAACACAUCCUCGAGGUGACCAGUUCUUUAAAGCAGUUUAAGGAGUUGAGAUCCUUAUGUCUGAAGAUUAUCGCUCAUGUUCUUGCUAAGUACGAGGAUUGUGUUGUUAGUUCGGAGUUUUGGGACCUCUUCUUUUCAGCAGUGAACCCGUUAAUCAAGAGUUUUAAGCAGGAGGGUUCUAGUAGUGAGAAACGAAGCUCAUUGUUCUCAUGCUUCUUGACAAUGAGCAAAAGCCGCGAUCUCGUGACCUUGCUAUGUCGGGAAGAAUCUCUUAUUCCAGACAUUUUCUCAAUUCUAACAGUCGUCACAGCUUCAGAAGACAUAAAAUCUUGUGCCUUGAAGUUCAUAGAGAAUCUUCUCAUUCUUAACAAUGAGUUGGACGAGGAUUAUGAGAGUAUGAUCAAAGGGUUUUUAGAUCCAUAUAUAGAGCCACUGAUUAAAAGCUUGCAUUCUCUUUUCCUUGGUGAUAUUUUGAAAUGGAAAUCAGCCAAGUAUAAAGGAGAAAGAGUGAUUAAGAUUCUUAAACUAUUGUCAAAGCACGUCAUCCGAAAUGAAUCUUGUGUUGUGAAAUAUUUGGAUAUCUUGCUGUCUUUCUUGGAUACAAGUGUGAAAGAUUCUGGUAUUCAUCGCGAGGCUUUGCUAGCAAUUCAGGACAUCACAUCAUUACUUGGGACUGAGAGUACCAGCAAAAUUAUAAAUACAAUCUCUCCUCUGCUUGUUGAAGCUAAACUUGACGUUAGACUAUGCAUUUGUGACCUUCUUCGAUCUCUUACAAAAAUCGACUUUUCUCUUGAUCUGGUGGCAAAAUGCUCUGAAAACAGUGAAGUGGAUUUCUUUAAAAACAUUUUUAGCAUUCGGACACACCGUAGAGCAAAGGCGAUUACAGGUUUUGCAAAGGUGAUCAAAGAUAACAGUCUGCCUGAGGGAGUAGUGAGAAACUUUUUGGUCUCAGUCUUUUUCAAAAUAUUGUUUGAUGAACAAGAAGCAGAAAAUAAAAACGUCCAAGAUGCAUGCAAAGAAGCCAUUGCUUCUGUAUAUGCUCAUAUGAGUUGGAACUCGUACUAUGCUCUAUUGAAUCGGUGUUUCCGUGAGAUGGACAAUAAGCAUACCACCACUAAGAGAAAACUUGUGCUGCAGCUUAUUGGCUUGAUUUUAAAUAAAUUUCAUUUUUGGAAAGAUGGUUACACAGAGGAGAUUAGGACUUGCAUUGAGGAAAGCGUUUUCCUGAAGAUACAGAAGCUGAUGGAUUCUGACUCUGAUAGUGUUAGGAUUGACAGAUACGUUGCUGCGGUGAAGGCUCUAAAGCUUCUCCCCAAGGAAAUAAUGGAGCCACAUCUAGACUCUAUAUUUCUUAAGAUUUGCAGUUAUUUGAAGAGCAAGGAGAAGGGUACAUGCGAUGAAGCAAUAAAGGCUCUGGCUUCUUGUUUGAAGGAACUUGGGCUUGAGUAUUUGCAAAUUGUCGUUAAAAAUCUACGCGCUAGAUUAAAAAGAGGAUCUGAGUUACAUGUGCUGGGGUACACUGUCAAAUUUAUCUUAUCCAAGUGCCUGUCUAGUAAAGAUAAUUGUAGAACUUGA